UAGAAUAUUACUAACAGGGAAAGAGGAUCUGCGCCCAAAAGCAAAACGCCAUGUCUACAAUUCUCUCAGCAGUCAGACUACCUUCCUCAGACCCAUCUCUUCUUUCUUACUGCAGGUUAGGAUAUUUCCCUGCUCAAAAGAAACAAAAACUAAAAGUACUUUGCUGCUCAAUUCACCACUUGAAAGAUGACAGACUGCAGAAGGUGCACAUGUCACAAGGUGAAGAGCAGUUGAGGCGCAGGUUUCUCCUUUUCUUUUUGUUCUCCUCAGGCUUGUCUCCAACAUUAUCUUCUUCAGGAAAGACUAAGAGUAAAAACCCCUAUGAUGAAAGGCGCUUGCUAGAACAGAAUAAACGAAUACAGAAAGAAAAUAAUGCUCCUGAAGACUUCCCAAAUUUUGUUAGAGAAGGCUUUCAGGUUAAAGUAUUAACUUCAGAGAAUUAUGUAAAGUCUGAUUCAGGGCUUAUAUAUCGGGACUUUGAAGUUGGUAAAGGUGAUUGCCCAAAGGAUGGUCAACAGGUCACUUUUCAUUAUGUUGGUUAUAAUGAGUCAGGCCGGCGCAUUGACAGCACCUACUUACAGGGUUCACCUGCCAGAAUUCGCAUGGGAACUAAUGCAUUAGUUCCUGGAUUUGAGGAAGGAAUUCGAGACAUGAGACCUGGCGGAAGAAGAAGGAUGAUCAUUCCUCCAGAACUUGGACCACCAGUGGGACCUUCCACAUUUUUCAGCUCAAAACAGUUUGAAGUUUUUGAUGUAGAGUUACUCGGCAUCAAGAACUGUCAAAGGAGAACAAUAGGUUUUUACUCUGAUGUUGUAUGCAACUGAGUUAGGGGUUGUUCUCUGCCCAAAUUGAGGCUGUAUAUUUGUCCUUAAAAGUGCACUUCCUUUGUAGAAGCAUCAAUUUCAUCUAAUUAUUCAAUGUGUUGUGUCGGCAAGAUCUGAGAUUUUU